AUGGCCCAUACAGAGGAGAAACCCUACACGUGCACAGACUGUGGGAGGGGCUUCUUUACAAGGAGUUUGCUUGUCAGCCACGUCCGACUUCACACAGGAGAAAAACCAUUCACUUGUCCAGAAUGUGGGAAAAGCUUUUCUCAAAAAAGCAACCUUCGUACCCACCAGAGAGUUCACACGGGGUUUAAACCUUUCAGUUGCAGUGAAUGUGGGAGAAGAUUUGUUCACAUGCGGGCACUUUUGGGGCAUCAAAUAUAUCACACGGGGGAGAAACCUUUUAGAUGUGCAGAAUGUGGAUUGGCCUUUGCAAGAAGGCGCUGCCUUAUACAACAUUAUAACAGCUCUAAGAAUGACUGCGUUGGGCCCAGGCAUCACAAUUGCACACAAUGUGGGAAAAGCUUUAAUUCAAGGUCCAUCCUGAUAAGCCACCAGAAGAUCCACAUUGGGGAGAAGCUUCUGACAUGA